GGUCCUCGACAGAAUAUCAAAUCACUUCGUGCCAGUCAGGAGUUAUUGGGACAGCGCGUUCCAUCUCGACACACUUUAAGUGCUCUAUCCUUGCACCUAGCUCAGCACAUGCUCUUGGGCUCAGCGUCAUGGAAUCGGGGUCAGUACGGAAUCGAUGGAACAUGAUCUGCAUCGUAGCUGCGGUAUUCUUUGUGGUGGCCGUCCAGCUGGCACACGCCGUGUCCUGCCCGCAGCCAUCCAACCUUGAAGCACUGAAAAUUGGGCACGACUCCAUCACAUUCGGGUGGGAUGCUACUCAGUACAUUUCAAAUGUCCGUCACACCACGUGCGUGUCGCGAAGUGACCGCGAGGAGAGCGGCACGUCGGACGAUUCCUCGACGGGUUGCGUCGCGGGUGUGACGGGUCGCACGAAAACUCAGCCGCACCUGCGCGCCGACACCGCCUACACCACCUGCGUGCGAACGGAGUGCUCCGACAGCAACUUCUCCGUCCCGAUAUGCAAGACUUUCAAGACUUCACCUACAGCGUCCAGCCAGCCGCGCCGAAACAUCGCCGCAGAUCGCGACUCUUCAUCGCUCGGUGUGAAAUGGCGAGUGCCAUCGGGGUUGAAGGGACGCCUGGACGGCUACCGGACCCGCUGGUGUCAGUCGUUCAAGUGCGUCACCAGGGAGCAGACGGGGAAGGACCCGCUCGCGCUUUCCGUGAAGCUGAGCCAACUGGACCCCUACCGUCAGUACACAGUCUACAUGAGGGCUUUUGCCGUAGACCCUUCCAACGGCCAGAAAAGAUACGGCACUGAGUCCUCGCUCGUCGUCUACAACAUGGAAACUUAUGGACCAAGUGAGCCUAUUCAACUCCUGAUAAAAGCAACGAACAGCUCCACACUUCUGGUCACCUGGCCCAAACAGGACGCGUACGCCGCACAAUUCGACAGCUACUCGGUAGAUUGGUCAAAAGCUGAACCAUCGGGCACAAAUGGGUCUCCCCUGCACAGCCAAACGCUGCCAGCGAAUUCGACAAGCUUCUUCCUUUAUGACCUGGAGCCCGACGCCAGCUACCGCGUUUGGCUUUCCAGGGUAAACAGAAGCAAUGGCGCUCACGCGGGACCGCACACUCGUCACGGAGCAGACGGCGCGCUGCCCGAACCAUGCGGGAAACCAGAAGCCCUUCGCGCCGAGGUUCGACCGUGGUCAAACAGUCACCGGGUGUGGGUUACGUGGGACGCUUCGCGCACUUGCCAGGGCUCACCCGUGAAGCGUUACACCGUAAAGCUAUGUCCCGUCCACGACCAGAAGAUAAAGGGAGACCUCACGAGAUGCAGCAAACAUAUGGUAACGAUAACGGAUAAUGCAGGCGUGGUCGUCUUAGAAGGUUUGAAGAACGUCAGUCACUACAGGUUAGAGCUGAGGGAGCUUGUGAGCCGGGAGGACGGAGGAAGUGACGAAGGGCAGCCAGCGAUCGUGUUUUCCACGACUUCCGGCUCCGGGCAGCCAACGAGAUACGACCGGGAAGUCACGCACCAGAAUCCCCGGGGAAUCCGUGUCGAGGUGAAGAGGUACUUAAACAGUUCGGUGGCGUCAGUGACGUGGAAUGUUUCAAAAGACACUGAGCAGGAGCAGUCCGUGAGUCGCUACGCCCUGAAACUGUGUCCCAUUUGUGACGACGAACUGAAGGCGAACAUAACGGAAUGCCAUAGCAGAGCUGUGUCGGCCAGCGCUGGCAAGGCGAUUUUUCCUGCACUGAAGGAACUCUGCGAGUACACAUUGGAAGCCCGGGCCCUCGUUGAGAGAGAAGGCGAUGAAAAGGAUGAAGAAAGAAAGUCAGCCAUCGUGACCUUUGUCACUCCGGGUCCCGCUUUGCCCUCACUGGCUGAUUCACUGCGGGCAGAGUUGAACGGCAAUAGCGUGAAGCUUUACUGGCGGAAGCCCGCGAUACUUCGGGGCUAUGGUGUGGUGUACGACGUGAGGCUCUUUCGGCCGGAGUCGAACUCCGUCUUCGUCGAAGCGGUCGUCGAAGAUACAGAGAAGACGCUUCUUGGACUCCAACCUCGUACCACUUACUCAGUGGACGUAGCCGUCUGCGUGGCAAGGGCGAGGCGACUGCACUGCGGCGGGAACGCGACUCUGCAUUUUCAGACCCGGCCAAACGGCAAGUGCUUUCUAUUGUCUCGAUCGCAAUUAUUCAAUGAAAAAAAUAUACGGACGUCCAUAUUCAAGCCCGAGGCUCAGAUUAGGGCUGGUUCAGACGUGUUGUGUUCGUCCGCGUGUUCGUUCCGAGCAUUCCGCGACGCAGAGGCGAUACUGCCAGAUGAAGUGGUUCAACUGUUUCACAUUGUGUCGGUGCACGAGGCCUCCUAUGGCUUCGACUGA